GCCAGGCUGGGAUCCCCAGGGAAGUGGAGGCGGAAGGCGCGGGUUGAGGUCCCGGGCUGGGGUCAGUGCAGCCGGGAGGCCGGGUCCCCUCGCGACUCCAGCUUGGGUGGAGGUGACAGCUGGGGGCUCCGGCAGGAGGAGACCAGGGCGCAUUGUCUGCCGCGGCGCACGGGGACGUGGGCGUGUCCGCCGCCUUCGCCACCCAGCCGGCUGCUGUGCAGACUCGGGGAGGAGCCGGUUCGCAAAGCCCUUGGGAAAGCUCGGAGCCGGCACCCUGGGCUUUCGGGUUGUUUGUGUGCUGAAGGGCAGUUCCCCUGCGGGCCCAGGCGAGGGACAGCCACCUCCGGGCUGGAAUAAAGAGCGGAAACCAGCUACAAAGUGGACCUCCCAGCGCUUGCUGCCAACCCUGGGAUCUGGGCGAGCUGGCAGAGCUCAGACCCUGCUGGGAGAGGGAACAAGACCCAGCCAGACGCCCUCCCUGUGGUAUUCCAGGCUGUGUGAGCUGUACGGCAAUCCAAAGAAUUCAAAGACAAGAUUCAUAACCUGUGUAUGAAGCAUCUGAUUUCAGAGCUGGGGCUUCGAGGUCAGGGGUAACAUAAAUGGCUCGUCUCCCCGCUGGAAUCCGCCUCAUCAUCUCUUUCUCCAGGGAUCAGUGGUACCGGGCCUUCAUUUUCAUGCUUACGUUCCUGCUGUACGCAAGCUUCCACCUGUCUAGGAAGCCCAUCAGCAUAGUGAAGGGUGAACUCCACAAGCAGUGUGCCGCUGGGGAUGAGCCUGAGCCCAGAUUCAGUGACCCAAGCAGCAGUACCAAGAAUAGGAUCCCCCACCAGCUCCAGGACAAUGAGACAGAGAUCGACUGUGGCUGGGCCCCCUUCGAUAAAAGCAAUUACCAGCAACUGCUUGGAGCCCUGGAUUACUCCUUCCUUUGUGCCUACGCCAUCGGGAUGUACCUGAGCGGCAUAAUAGGGGAACGCCUGCCGAUUAGGUAUUACCUGACUUUCGGGAUGCUGGCCAGCGGCGCCUUCACUGCCCUGUUUGGAUUGGGCUAUUUCUACAACAUCCACAGCUUGGGAUUCUAUGUGGUAACCCAGAUCAUUAAUGGACUGGUGCAGACCACAGGCUGGCCCAGCGUAGUUACCUGCCUCAGCAACUGGUUUGGAAAAGGAAGGCGAGGUCUGAUCAUGGGGAUAUGGAACUCCCACACGUCCGUGGGCAACAUUUUGGGGUCCUUGAUUGCUGGCUACUGGGUGUCCACGUGCUGGGGCCUGUCCUUCAUCGUGCCCGGAGCCAUCGUGGCAGCCAUGGGGAUAGUGUGCUUUCUCUUUCUCAUUGAACAUCCCAAGGACAUCAGGUGCUCCUCCACCCUGCCCACGCAUCCCAGAGUCUCUGAGAACAGCAUAAACAGAUUUAGACUGCAGAAGCAGACUGCACACGGUGAAAAGAGCGGGCCUCUGGAUCCGGAGCUGCAGUGCUUACUGCUGUCGGAUGGGAAGAGCCCCCUGCACCCGAGCCACGUCGUCGUCAUCCCGGGUGACAGCAGCAGCGGCAUGGCUGCCAUCAGCUUCACCGGAGCCCUGAGGAUCCCGGGUGUGAUUGAGUUCUCGCUGUGUUUGCUAUUCGCCAAGCUGGUCAGCUACACAUUCCUGUUCUGGCUCCCACUGUACAUCACCAGCGUAGAUCACCUGGACGCCAAGAAGGCUGGGGAGCUCUCCACCUUGUUUGAUGUGGGCGGGAUCUUUGGUGGGAUCUUGGCAGGUGUAGUCUCAGAUCGUCUGGAGAAGCGGGCCUCCACUUGUGGCCUGAUGUUGCUGCUGGCGGCCCCUACGCUCUACGUCUUCUCCUCCGUCAGCAGAAUGGGCCUAGAAGCCACCGUAGCCAUGCUCCUCCUCAGUGGGGCCCUGGUCAGUGGGCCCUACGCGCUGAUCACCACCGCCGUCUCUGCAGACCUGGAUCUCCCUGUAGCCCCAGCUGUCCUGGAACUCACUGUGUGGACCAGGCUGAUGAGCAGUUCCCAGAGCAGUCCUUCACCAGCUCUGGUGUCCCUUUCAGGAGCUGCCCUGGGCCCGCUGCUGGCAGGGCUCAUCUCUCCCUCUGGAUGGAGCAACGUGUUCUACAUGCUGAUGUUUGCAGAUGCCUGUGCCUUACUGUUUCUGAUCCGCCUCAUACACAAGGAGCUGAGUUGUCCAGGGCCAGCGGCAGGGAACCAGGCUCCACUGAAGGAGCACUGACUGCCAAGUCCUCUGGAGUGCCAGGGCCUGUCCUUACUGUCGAGAAGCUGAAAUAAAGGAUCCUGUUGUGAAAAGAAAGAUUUGCCUUUGCCUUUUGCACACGUGCCUGGAAAUGACUCAGAAGCUGCCCUAAGAUUUGCUGGAUAGAUAAAAGUGGAGUCUGCAUGCCAGUGGAAUCUGCAUGCCAGUGGGGUCUGCAUGCCAGUGGGGUCUGCAUGGCUGGGCCCCACUGUCUUAAUGGAACCCAUGGCCCAACGGCCCAUCCAGCCCCAGCUUCUGAAAUCUAGUGUGCGUGUGACAUAGGGCUAGCCUGUGAUACCCAGGCAGCCAACCCCUCUCAGGUAUCCAGUGAGGAAUGUUAUACAGCCUGUGAGCUCGAACCAUCCUGCACUAUCAAUUCCCGAACGUGCCUGAUGAAAAGACAGAACACGUCACAUGAGCGCCCUGGUGGCUAAGCGUCAGUCUCUGAGCACAUGAAAAAGCACCGCCAUAGUGGGAAACCUAGAUGGAACCCGCACCCACCAGUCACAAAGACCCAGGCUCCGUACCAGCUAGGAAACCUGUUCUGUCAAGACAUGAAUGGCUACGAAGCAAUAAGCCCCAGCAGGACCUGGACGCCAGGAAAGCCAGUCCCAGGGCACCCAGGCAUGUGCUGCUGGUCCCCUGCAGGGCGGAGGGGCCACAGAGGCUGGGAAGCAGGCACCACGAACAGUGGGUCUCACCAGCCAUGCCACUCACCCCACGGUAGGCACAGACAUCUGGGCUGUUUCUAGAUUUACAGGGAUUAUUUAUUUAAAAUGUAUAGUGUGUUAUAUAGAUUUUAAGAACUACAAAUGGCGUUUUGUUAUUUAUUAAGGCAAACUAUGAUUGUUCUGUGGCCAUUCACUGUCUGAGUUCUAUCUGCCCUU